GUGCCGGUAACUGCUACCAUGGACUAUAUAAAACCUUCUCGGCGCGAAGACUUCGAAAUUGUCAUAAUCUGCGGAUUACCACUCGAGUUCAACGCCGUUUCCCUUGUGCUCGACGAAUUCUGGGACGAGGACGGUGAUCACUUUGGACGAUCCCCCGGAGAUGUCAACCACUACAUAACGGGCCGCAUUGGCAGGUACAAUGUUGUCUUGGCUCUGCUCUCACACAUGGGUAAAGUGCAUACAGCCAGCGCCGCAGCCAGCAUUCGUUCAAGCUAUGGCGGCGUACGGCUGGCUUUGCUUGUUGGCAUCUGUGGCGGAGCCCCGCAGGCGGCAAAUGAUGAAGACGAUGAGAUCUUGCUGGGCGAUGUUGUGAUCAGCAAGACCGUAGUGCAAUAUGACUUUGGCAGGCUAUAUCCUGACAAGUUUGUACGCAAGAAUACUUUUGAAGGCAGCCUUGGUACACCAAGCAAGGAUAUCCGCAAUUUAUUAAUCACAUUUGAGACUGACAUUGGUUUGGAACGACUGCAACGAAGGACUGCAUACUUCCUUAAGCAACUCCAGGCCAAUGCUACUGGAAGAAAGCGUCACGGUAGAUAUAGCUACCCUGGGACAGCGGAGGACAAGCUUUUCCAGGCAAUAUAUCGGCAUAAACACCACGUACCGUGCACCUGUAUCUGUCGCGACUGCAACAGCAUUUCUGACCCUGUCUGUGACGAGGCUCUGAAUUCGUCUUGCGAAGAGCUUGGAUGCGACAACAUAUACCUGGAGCCUAGAGGACAGCUUGAAGCGAGACGGCAGUUGGAGCAAGACGAGAGCGACAAGGCUCAAGAGCCCGCUGUUCAUGUUGGGUCGAUUGCAUCAGGCGAUGUAGUGAUGAAGUCUGCAGAUGAGCGGGACAGGAUUGCAAAGAAGGAAGGGGUGAUUGCGUUUGAGAUGGAGGGGGCUGGUAUUUGGGAAGAGCUGCCUUGCAUCGUUGUUAAAGGAGUGUGCGAUUAUGCCGACUGCCAUAAGAAUAAAAGGUGGCAGAAUUUCGCAGCUGCAACAGCCGCGUCCACGUUGAAGGCUAUUUUGGAACGCUACAUUCAGACAGACAAAAUGUUGAAAGGAAAAAGCAACACACCACGCGUACAACCAGCGCCGAAACAUUCAGGAAAGUGCUCUAAUUAUCAUCACAUUUGUAUGUAUUCAUCUCAUUCUCUAAAAAUAGCUGCAUGCAUAUAUCUAUAA